AUGGCAACAUUCAAAAAUAAAACUGCUUAUUUAAUCUUAUUUCUUUGCGUGAUACAACUCGUUGAAUUAGCAAGUGUGCAACGAAAAGUAAGAGACGUCGAAGAUUCGGAUACAAAUCUUUCGGCUACUAAUGUGGAAGCGGGUGAUAACUCUACAGUAAACAAUAUCGGACAAUUUAUCCAAGAUGUAACAAAGGAAACUUCAAUUAAAAUACAAUAA